UACAGGAAGCAAAUAACACAUAAACCUCAUAUACAAUGUCUUGAAUAUUCCAUCGUUACUCAACAUUGGGCCUACGUAUUAAAAACGAUUAGACAUACUUCAAUAAUAGAAGAGAAAAUAUGAAAUUUCAGUCUACUUUAAUGCUUCUACUUGGAGUAUUUAUGGUAACACCGGUAGCUGCAUUCUAUCCAAACCGUCUUGGCUCUCUGCAGUUAACCAAAGAUGACUAUACUUUAGAAGAUAUAACCGAAAGUGGUAUUCUGCUUGCUGUUGCCCAUUACUUUGAAUCUAAACCAUUAGCUGGAAGACCAACACUUAGCCCUGGUGAUCUCACUGGAUUACAGCCACUGACUGCGUCAACUCUGUACAGCGCAUACUAUGGAGAAGGAACUGUUUUACCAAACAAAAUCGAAGCUGCCAUACAAGAAAUUGUUUCAGAAAACACCGAUAUUUCCUACAAGGAAUCUGGAAAGGCAUACUGGUAUAUGAAUGGAGAGGAACUGAUAAAAGGAAAUACCAAGAUUAAACAAAUGCGUGCUUAUAUGAACGGCACAUUAAAGAAUACACCAAAUUACAGUGUCGCUAGGCUGUGGAUUGGACGAAUCCUGCAUAUUAUGCAAAUGUUCUACAGUAAUACAGACUGGCUUGAGGUAGAAAUUUACAAACAUUAUCUGAAAACCAACUUAAUUGUACCAGAAGUGGUGAAUACGUAUGCAGACUUGGGUUAG